CAUGGGUCCAGCAGGCUCAGAAAAGUACAUGGCGGAGCAGUACAAAGAGGUGCCCGCCUUUCUCCUUUCAUUUACUAAUAUGCAAGAUGCUGCCUUCAUUACCAGCAAGACCAGCAUGACCAAACCUUUUUGACUGGACCAAGUGUGGGUUCUGCCACGUCAGGGACACGUUGAUCAUUUUGGAGCAAACCACCUGCAGACUGGAACAGAAAUCAAGAUUAAACUGAAGAGGCAAAAUAAAGAACGUUUUAUAAGUACUUGCAAGAAAAAAGUUCAAGACCAGGAAUAGAAGCAAAUAAGAUUACUUAAAGCAAAGUAAGGAUUUACAGAUUGCCACCACUGCAAUGGCUGACUGGAUUGAUACUGAGGUGCUGGAGCAGGGACAGAAUCCUGAGCUAUCUGGAGUGGUGGACACUGCUGGUAGGAUGGGGGACAUGCAGUCAGUGGUACCAGCAGUGCACGCUGCGGUCGGAGCUCUGGAUGAAGAUGAUGAUGAUGUCUUCUACUGUGAUAAAGAUAUCUUGCUGGAUGACUGUAUUCCUGCAGGGGCUAGAAGCACGCCAGAACCCAACUGUCAAGGGGGGCCGGCGCUUGCCCCUGAGGAGCUCACCUUCGUGUGGCCAGCUGUCAGAGCUGUGGAGUCCACAGAAACCCAGACGGAGAUGUCAGCAGAGGUGCAUGCUGCUGGGGUUCUCACAAGUUCCAAAGGUUAUGCCCUGGAGGAUGUCACAGGGCGUCCUGUAGACCUCGUUCCAGUGGGUCCCACACAUCAGGGUCCAACAGAGCCCCAAGUCCAAACCUCCAAAACGGUUUCUCCAGAUGUUCCUGGUGAUGCACACAAAGUGGCUGAAACACAACCAGAAGCCUGGAUUCCAAGCAAGGAAGAACCCGUGUCCUCACUGGAGCAGCGAGCACAGGGGACCCCGCUGCCAUACGCAGCCGCCGCUGCUGCUCCCGGGGAGGUUAACCACCCGAACGGGGAACGGGAGUGCCUGGCAGAGAUGCCCCGAAAGGAGCUCCUGGGUGAGAAUCUGCACAAGGGCGAUGAGGAAAUGAAUGAGCCCGAAAGCCCCGGAGAGCAACCCACCACUGGUGGCAGGAAGAAGUCCACAAGCCACGACACCUGCUCCAAGUACAACACGGUCUCUUACCGGAAGAUCCGUAAGGGAAACACCAAGCAGAAAAUCAAUGAGUUCGAGUCCAUGAUGAACACGUGAACAUAGUGACAAUACUAACAGGCAUUAAAAACAACUGAAAUUACACAAACUGUUUCGCAGGCAUGAUUCUCCUAGUUUCACACCUUGCUUCUUACAGCCAUUCCUGGCAUUUUUGUGCCCUGUGCCAUGCAGUGGACAUUUCACUUAUUGAAGGAGCAGUUAACACAAAUUCUGAAUAAUACAUUUUUCAGUAUUACUGUUCUACUUUACAGUUGUAGUUGUAGCCGAGCAUAUAUU